AUGAGAGACCUUAUUAAGUAUUGCAAAAUAAAGGGCCUGCUGAUAGAGCUCGGCGGGGAGGCGAGACUAGUUAUCAGGUCAGAGAGAAGCCUGGCCCGUAAACUGGCCCCCUUCAAAAUAAAAACCCAUUAUUUCAUAAGGAUUUGUUACGUGCGAUAUGCCGACGACUUACUAUUGGGAAUCGUGGGUGCCGUAGAGCUUUUGAUAGAAAUACAAAAACGUAUCGCCCACUUCCUACAAUCCGGCCUGAACCUUUGGGUAGGCUCUGCAGGAUCAACAACAAUAGCUGCACGGAGUACGGUUGAAUUCCCCGGUAUGUUCAUUCGAGAAGUCCCUCCGAGGACGACUCCCAUACAAUUAUUGCGAGAGCUGGAGAAGCGUCUACGGGUAAAGCACCGUAUCCAUAUAAUUGUUUGCCACCUACGCUCCGCCAUCCAUUCCAAGUUUAGGAACCUAGGGAAUAGUAUGCCGAUAAAACAGCUGACGAAGGGGAUGAGCGAAAGAGGGAGUCUACUGGACGGGGUUCCACUAGCGGAGACUCUUGGAACAGCUGGAGUCAAAAGUCCCCAAGUAAGCGUAUUAUGGGGGACCGUCCAACACAUCUGGCAAGGAUCGAGGGGGAUCUCGUUGUUGCAUAGCUCAGGUAGGAGCAACGCGCCAUCGGACGUUCAAGAGGCAGUCGCAUGA